CUCUUUCUGAAUUGCGCUCGUUCUAUGAUGAGUUCAGAAUCAGCCAUCAAAACGCAGGCAAGGGACUUUUAUCGAGGGCGGGCUAAAGAAUUUGUUGAGCUUCACGACCAAGUAGAGACGAGUGUAACAUUGCUCGACUCCCUGGAAUCGUUCCUCUCUACCUUUCAGAAGGAUCUCACCGCUGUCGCUGGUCAAAUUUCUGAGUUGCAAGACCGGAGUAAGGAUAUUGACGGUAGGCUGAAGAGCAGACGGAAAAUCGAGAAACCUCUUUCAAACCUUCUGUCUGACAUCACGGUCUCUCCCUCACUUGCCACCCUAAUUCUUGACUCAAAUGUGGGAGAACCCUGGAUCGAAGCUAUCGACGAACUUGAGAGACGAUUGAACUCGUCGAAGGCUAGAGCGCGCGUUAAGGCUGCGCGCGAUCUUGGAGAGGUUACUGAGGGUCUGAGAAUCGUCGCUGCCACAAAAAUACGAGCUUUCUUCCAUACCCUUUUCCAGCCCAUCAGAAGCAGCGUUACCACCAAUAUGCAGGUCAUUCAGACGUCGAUUCUUCUCAAGUACCAGCCGCUCUUUGCAUUCCUGCAACGUCAAGCGCCUAACGUUGCGCAUGAGCUCCAGCGUGCGUAUGUGGGCGCAGCUCGCACAUAUUAUGAGACAGGUUUUCGACGAUAUGUUCGAAGUCUGGGUUGGAUCAAGGCUCGCUCUCUUGAAAAGUUCGAAACCAUCGUUACUAGUGAGAAUGAAAAGGAUAUUUCGACCGACCUUGGAAGACUACAGCAUGCGAAGAUUGAUGGACCGGGCGCGACACUGGCGUAUAUGGCAGACGACAAGGCUCAUAAAGAGCCUGUCGAAGCGCUACUUCGAUCUCUUCUUCUCGUAUUCAUGGACAAUGCAACUGCGGAAUACACGUUUGUUUCUACGUUUUUUGCUGUAGAACCGUUAUUCCCGCCCUCCCCUCAUACGGCCGAGUUGAACAAUUCCACGCUGACACCGGCAUCUCCGGACAGAGGCACAUUUACCGAUACAAGAUCCAACUAUGGGUCUGAGUACGGGAGUAAGCGUCAAUCCCUCACCCCUGGCUUGGGCGGCUUUGCUGACAUGGACGCAAUUUGGAAACAGGUAGUGGACCCAGUUUUGGAGUAUUGUCAAGCAUUUAUCCGCUCCAUUCUGGAGCCCUUGCCACCAGCCACCCCCCUCCUGACUAUGAUUCGACUGACUGAGGAUGUGGGUACAGAAGUGCAAAAGCGUCGCUGCGCUCCAGCAGAGACCUUUAUCUUCGGUUUACGAUUGCAGAUGUGGCCUGUCUUUCAGAAAGCCAUGACAGAACACAUUGAGGCCCUCAAAAAGUUGGCGGAAGGCACCAACUACGGAUAUUUCGGUCGAACCUCAACAACGACGGAUGUUAUCUGCAAGCGAUAUGUCGUGUUCUUCAACUCUUUCGUGUUCUUGACAAUUCACGAGGAGGAGACCAUGAUCUUCUCCAAUUUGCUUCGACUGCGACAAGAACUCGUGAAACUCGUUACGCGACACACCGACCGUAUCAGCGAUACGGUCGCAAAAGCCACAGCGCAAACAGCGAUUUACGAGAUUCUUUUACAGGGCUUGAGUGAAGGCACGCAACACACAGCACAUCUAAAAUUACAGCAAGAGAUUGCGUACUGGUCUUACUUGGGGGAGGAAGCGCGAAGGAAGGUCGUCUCCGUGGGUCAGUCGCGACAGAGGCGAUAA